CCUCGACCUUCAGCAAACACCUAACUUGCCGUAAAUAGCAGCGUCCGCCACCGCGCACUGCAAAACGCAUGGGUAGACGUCGUGUCUGAGCUGCGCUGAGGCAUUUUGCGAAAUCGCGGCGCCGUCGGUGGCGUGAGCGGGCCAAAUCCGCCACAUCGCCACGGUGUGGAAGCGCUGCGCGAGCGGCGCCGCCCGCGCGUUGUGGCCACAGCCAGCCGCGCCAGGCCACGACGCCUGCACCGCGGGUCGCUGCGAGGCAAAAGCGCCGGCCCCUGUGCUGCUUGGCGCCGGUAGCGCUCGGACUUCCGUCAUAUCCGAUAUUCAAACCAAGCAGCGAGGGCGCGCUCGUCGAAGCGAGCGCCCGUCCGUCGACGCGCGCGCGCCACAGCGGUGCCCCGCCGUCGCAGCGCGGCUCACACACUCCAUGCCAUGGCCCGCCUCGCGGUGCCGGCGGCGCUCACCCGUCGGUUCCCCACGAGCGCACGCCUUCGACGCGCGCACGCCGCAGCGGUGUGUCACCCGGUCCGCUCCGCAGGUCAAGAUGCAGAAGAUCAUCGCCGCCCUCGCGCUCUCCGGCGCCGCGGCGUACGUCGCGCCCGUCGCGCCGAAGGCGACGUCGUCGCUCGCCGCGUCCAAGGACGAGGUGAUCGCGCUCGCGGAGGCCAACCCCGAUUUCCUCGGCAAGGCCAUCGGCUUCUGGGACCCCCUCGGCGCCCUGGACUCGAACUUCUGGGGCCUCGGCAACGAGGGCACGAUCGGCUACCUCCGCCACGCGGAGAUCAAGCACGGCCGCGUUGCGAUGGCCGCGUUCCUCGGCUACAUGGCCGGCGCGACGGAGCUCGUCUCGGGCCCGCACAAGAUCCUGCCGUACCGCGGCUUCGAGCCCGGGCUCACCCCCCCGGAGCAGUGGGACGCCAUCCCCCUCUACGGCAAGCUCCAGAUCCUCGUGAUCGUCGGCAUGCUCGAGUCGUACGGCGAGAUCCUCGCGCCCCACUACACCAAGGGCGGCCUCCCGGGCUACUACCCCCCGAUCAAGGGCAAGCGCCCGGAGCUCAUCUUCAACCUCUACGACCCCUUCAACUUCUUCGAGGGCGACUCCGCCGAGAAGAAGGUCCGCGCCAGCGUCCCAUUGUGCUUCCUUGCUUCGCUUCCUUGCUUCGUCCGCGCGACCGGCCGCUCACCGUCGAUCGUCUCCACAGGCGCGCGGGCGCCUCACCGAGGUCAACAACGGCCGCCUCGCCAUGCUCGGCAUCUUCUC